GUUACUCGCAGUCGUAUUCAUUUCGUUCUCGCGUGUGAAUUUUUUUUAACAUAUAUUCCUUGAUAUUCCAGAAAACUCUUCAUAAUCUCACCGUUUUCUUUUAUUAUUUAUUAAAUCACUCAUCAGUGCAAUGAGAUUGCUCGGAAUCAUAUGUUUGCUGUCAUUUUACGGUUGCCUUAAUGCGGCAUCGAUGUCACCGGAAGUGACUUUUGAGCCAAGCACAUUCAUUAGGAGAAUAAGAGGGACUACCUGGAAUUGGUUGAACAAUACCAAAUUCAAUUCUAAUAUUCUAAGUACGCCAGAGAUGAUAAAAAAGAAAGGUUAUCCCGCGGAAUCAGCUUACGUCAUAAUGACGGAAGAUGGUUAUCUUUUAACAUUACAUCGUAUCCCAGGUGGCAAUGAUUUUUUACCUGUAUUAUUGCAAUACGGUUUGUUAAGCAGCUCCGCUGACUGGCUCGCUCUUGGCAAAAAUAAAGCAUUACGUAUGACCAUUUAAUCGAUCAUUAAAACGAUAUAUAUGUAUAUCGUCGUUAAUGACAUUUCUGCCUCAAGAAAAAUGCUUGAAGAAAUUGGAAAUUAACAUUAUAUAAUAAGAAAUAGUGUA